CCCUCCCCUGAUACCCAAAGCCACAAUGGCAGAGCUGCCAGCCACGGAGACACCGGGGAACCCAGCCCUGUGUAGUGGACGCUUCACUAUCAGCACGUUGUUAGGGGGUGACGAACCCCCACCACCUGCUGCCUAUGACAACAGCCAGCCCAGCCACCUGACCCACGGCAGCACUUUCUACAUGCGCACCUUUGGGUACAAUACCAUUGAUGUGGUGCCCACCUACGAGCACUAUGCCAACAGUGCCCUGCCGGGAGAGCCCCGCAAGGUUCGGCCCACGUUGGCCGACCUGCACUCCUUCCUCAAGGAAGGUAGUCACCUGCAUGCCUUGGCCUUCGACAGCCGGCCCAGCCAUGAGAUGACCGAUGGGCUGGUGGAGGACGAGGCAGGUGCUAAUGCCAAGAAGGAACUUGGGGAGCCCGUGCGCUUCGGCUGGGUCAAGGGUGUGAUGAUCCGCUGCAUGCUCAACAUCUGGGGUGUGAUCCUCUACCUGCGGCUCCCCUGGAUUACUGCCCAGGCAGGCAUUGUCCUCACCUGGAUUAUCAUCCUGCUCUCUGUCAUGGUGACCUCCAUCACAGGCCUCUCCAUCUCCGCCAUCUCCACCAACGGCAAGGUCAAGUCAGGUGGCACCUACUUCCUCAUCUCCCGAAGUCUUGGCCCAGAGCUGGGGGGCUCCAUUGGCCUCAUCUUUGCUUUCGCCAACGCCGUGGCUGUGGCCAUGCACACUGUGGGCUUUGCGGAGACCGUGCGGGACCUGCUCCUGGAGUACGGUUCGCCCAUCGUGGACCCCACCAACGACAUCCGAAUCAUCGGGGUGGUCACUGUCACUAUACUGCUGGGUAUCUCUCUGGCCGGCAUGGAGUGGGAGUCCAAGGCCCAGGUGCUGUUCUUUCUCAUCAUCAUGAUUUCCUUUGCCAACUACCUGGUGGGGACACUGAUUCCCCCAUCUGAAGACAAGGCUUCCAAAGGCUUCUUCAGCUACCGAGGAGACAUUUUUGUCCAGAACUUGGUGCCUGACUGGCGAGGCGUAGAUGGCAGCUUCUUUGGGAUGUUCUCCAUUUUCUUCCCCUCAGCCACGGGCAUCCUAGCAGGAGCCAACAUCUCUGGGGACCUCAAGGACCCUGAGGUAGCCAUCCCCAAGGGAACACUGAUGGCCAUUUUCUGGACCACCAUUUCCUACCUGGCCAUCUCAGCCACCAUCGGUUCCUGCAUGGUGCGGGAUGCCUCCGGGGGCCUGAAUGACACCGUGACCCCUGGCGCGGGUGCCUGUGAGGGCCUGGCCUGUGGCUAUGGCUGGAACUUUACGGAGUGCUCCCAGCAACACAGCUGCCGCUAUGGUCUCAUCAACUACUACCAGACUAUGAGCAUGGUGUCAGGCUUUGCACCCCUCAUCACAGCCGGCAUCUUUGGGGCCACCCUGUCCUCCGCCCUGGCCUGCCUUGUCUCUGCUGCCAAAGUCUUCCAGUGCCUGUGUGAAGACCAGCUGUAUCCGCUGAUAGACUUUUUUGGCAAAGGCUACGGCAAGAACAAGGAACCCAUUCGCAGCUACCUGCUGGCCUAUGCCAUCGCUGUGGCCUUCAUCAUCAUCGCCGAGCUCAACACCAUUGCCCCCAUCAUUUCCAACUUCUUCCUGUGUUCCUAUGCCCUCAUCAACUUCAGCUGCUUCCAUGCCUCCAUCACAAACUCACCUGGCUGGAGACCCUCAUUCCGCUACUACAGCAAGUGGGCUGCGCUAUUUGGGUCAGUUGUCUCCGUGGUCAUCAUGUUCCUUCUCACCUGGUGGGCGGCCCUCAUCGCCAUUGGUAUUGUCCUCUUCCUCCUGCUGUAUGUCCUCUACAAGAAGCCAGAGGUGAACUGGGGUUCCUCGGUGCAGGCCGGCUCUUACAACCUGGCUCUCAGCCACUCAGUGGGCCUCAACGAGGUGGAAGAACACAUCAAGAAUUACCGUCCCCAGUGCCUCGUGCUUACUGGACCCCCCAACUUCCGUCCAGCACUGGUGGACUUCGUGGGCACCUUCACCCGGAACCUCAGCCUGAUGAUCUGUGGUCAUGUGCUCAUUGGACCCCGCAAGCAGAGGAUGCCUGAGCUCCGUCUCAUCGCCAACGGACACACCAAGUGGCUGAACAAGAGGAAGAUCAAGGCCUUCUACUCAGAUGUCAUUGCUGAGGACCUCCGUAGUGGAGUUCAGAUUCUCAUGCAGGCCACAGGUCUUGGGAGAAUGAAACCCAACAUCUUGGUGCUUGGGUUCAAGAAGAAUUGGCAGUCAGCCCACCCAGCGACGGUGGAAGAUUACAUUGGCACCCUGCAUGAUGCUUUUGAUCUCAACUAUGGUGUGUGUGUCCUGAGGAUGCGAGAGGGCCUCAACAUCUCCGGGGUGAUGCAAGCACACAUUAACCCUGUGUUUGACCCAGCGGAGGACGGCAAAGAAGCCAGAGCCAACGGAGCCAGGCAGUCUGUCUCAGGCACACUGGACCCCCAGGCCCUGGUGCGUGAGGAGCAGGCGAGCACCAUCUUCCAGUUGGAGCAGGGCAAGAAAACCAUCGAUAUCUACUGGCUCUUUGAUGAUGGAGGUCUCACCCUUCUCAUCCCCUACCUCCUCGGCCGCAAGAAGAGGUGGAGCAAGUGCAGGACCCGUGUGUUCGUGGGUGGCCAGAUCAACAGGAUGGACCAGGAAAGAAAGGCGAUCAUUUCUCUGCUGAGCAAAUUCCGGCUAGGAUUCCAUGAAGUUCAUGUCCUUCCUGAUAUCAACCAGAAGCCACGGGCCGAGCACACCAAGCGGUUUGAGGACAUGAUUGCACCCUUCCGCCUGAAUGAUGGUUUCAAAGAUGAGGCUACUGUUGCUGAGCUGAGGCGGGACUGCCCCUGGAAGAUCUCCGAUGAGGAGGUCAACAAGAACCGAAUCAAGUCCCUUCGGCAGGUGAGGCUGAACGAGAUUCUGCUGGAUUACUCCCGAGACGCUGCUCUGAUCGUCAUCACCUUGCCCAUAGGCAGGAAGGGAAAGUGUCCGAGCUCACUGUACAUGGCCUGGCUGGAGACGCUGUUCCAGGACCUGAGACCUCCAGUCAUCCUGAUCCGAGGAAACCAAGAAAACGUGCUCACCUUUUACUGCCAGUAA